CUUCGCUCAUCGGUUCCUCAAAUCCCCUCAUGAAAAUAUCUCACUAGUCUUUAUUAGUUCUCGAUGUUACGUGGCGAGCCCAGAGGACCCUUAUAACGGAGAACAAACCUCUUAUUAUCUUCCUGAUAUAUGGAUAUAUACCUCGUCGUGUUUCCCGCUUCUCGUAGACUUUUUUGACCAUCUUCGAUUCUUCGUUCGUAAUAACCAUGUUUCUCUUUGUCUAUUUCUUGAUACUAAUCGGAUCCACGACCGCGAGUAACACCACGGAUUUUACAAAAUAUGUCAACCUCUUCAUCGGCACUGAAGGCGAUGUCCCAGGGUCCGCCUUUCGAGGGGGGAAUUUCUUCCCUGGCGCUACUCUCCCGUUCGGCGCUGUUAAAGUUGGAAUCGAUACUACAAGGUCCUUUUCUCUCUCAUCCAUCCAUCCAUUCAUUCAUAGAUGAAAACUUGCUGAAACACCAAUCAAACCAGAUACAACACCUCCUACGCCGCAAACGCAGGCUACCUCCCCAUCACCCACAGCAACGUAACCGCCAUCACCCUCCACAACAUUUCCGGCACGGGAGGCGCCUCAACAUACGGACAAAUCCCGCAGAUGCCUCUCACUAAUUUGACCGGUGUGAAUCUGCUCGAUAAUCUUACGUAUAUGCAGCCGAGAACUGUUGAGGAUGUAGCGAGCGUGGGGUAUUUCAGGACGCACUUAGGGAAUGGGGUCACGGCGGAGAUGAGCGCUGGUAUGCAUGUGGGGAUGAUGAGGUAUAGGUAUCCGGAGGGCAGGGGACGGUAUGUUUUGGUGGAUGUUAGUCAUUUUUUGCCGUCGGCUGGGAAGAAGGAGCAAUGGUAUGGUUUUAAUGGUUUUGUGUUUAAGGGGAGGGGGUGGCUAACGGGUAAAGGUAUUCGAAUGGGUUUCUGGAGAGGAGUGGUGAUGGGUCUUGGUAUUCUGGGUAUGCGGUGUAUCGUGAAGGUUGGGCAACAGGUUCGUAAAUCUACCGUUUCCUCUUCUGGAAGAUGAUAUUGAAGUGUUGUAGGUGGCGACUACCGCGUGUACUUCUGCGGCCAUUUCGAUAGUGUCCCAAUACAAUCUCAGCUCUUCUGGGGUAAAUACACCGAUCCCUUCCGGCCAAAUACCACCGGAGUCGUCCCUACCUUCACAAACGCAUCCUCUAUUCAAGGCGGUGCGCUGAACUACCAGUAUGCCCACCAAAUUGGCGCUCUUUUUGAGUUCUCACCCAAUAUCUCGACGGUGACUUCGAAAGUUGGUAUCUCGUGGAUAUCAACAGAAAAGGCAUGUCAGUUCCUAGAUGAAAUUCCGACGUGGGAUCUCAAUGCGAUGAUGAAGGCUGUAAAGAACGAAUGGAAUGAGCAGGUUUUGUCGAAGAUCGAUGCCACGAGUACCAAUGAGACGUAG